AUGGAUCCGUUGUCCCUUCAUAAAGGUCGUGUCUGCCUUGGCGCUCUACCAAAUGUUCAUCGCGGGGAAGUCAGCGAAAGGACAAGAAUUCAUAUCGGCGACGGUGUGGAAUUGCGAGCUUUGCCGUCAGGUGACGUGAUGAUGUUUUGCCGAUCUCAUAAACCAAUCUUUAUACGAUCCGGAUACCUUGAUUACUGUCACAAAAUACCGUAUAGCAACAGGCCACAUCGUUUUACGCAAGAGAACGACGCAACGAAGGUUUUCGAUCUGAGGUGGGCAUACUAUGAAAUGGUGUACAGAACACGAUCAGCCAGCGAAGCUGUUAUGGCCCAAGCUGCUGCUGUUGCUGGUUUCGCCCGAGGCAAUUUCCCUGAAAUGAUGGCUGAUUCUGGUGUGGAUGGAAUGCGAAGUGCAUUCUGCACGUUGGCUAUUAGUUUUGUCAAAGGAUGGGGACCUGGUUAUCCAAAAAACAUUUUCACUUUGUCGGACACGCCAUAUUGCAUGCAUUUGAAAAGACCGCUUCAAUUACUUGAUUAUUUGCUCAAACAUACGCCGUUGAGCAACUAA